AUGGCUGCUGGCGUGGAGUGCUUGCCUUGGACUGCUGACGACUCGAGCAUCAGUGACACGGAAUCGCAUGCGGCCAGUGAUAGGGCGACAGCUGCAGGCGAGGAUGAGCCGACAAGGAGUCUCAAGGGUAUGCCGUUCCCGAUCACCCCGGAGUUCUCAGUUCUGAACCAUCCGCUGUCGUCCUCGGAUGAUGCGUCUGGGACAGCAACCGACUCACAGACGCGGCCGCCGCCCAAAGACCUGUCACACUUCAAUCUAUCGGCAGCCGCACUCCUUGCGAGUUACCACGUGAUCAACAAUCUCAAUUAA